UAUAAUAGCAAGAACCAUUUUAACUCCUGGUGCUUUAUAUGUAUUCCCAAUUGCCUCAGGAUCAAUUCCUUUAGUAUAUGAAAUUUUGCAUAGUUUAAAACAGUCCAAUGCUAGCGUUCUUUAUACUUUACCCAUUAUUCUCGAACAAAUUCACAAAGAUUAUCCUGAUGAAAUUAAGACGUUAGCAAAAUUAAAAUCUGUCUAUUUUGCUGGAGCAGCAUUAUCACCUCAAGUAGGUGUUCAACUUAUUCAAUCUGGCGUCAACAUUUUAACUGUUUACGCAUCGACCGAAAUUGGAAUCGUUAUGGGUAGACUUGAAAAUUAUUCUUCACCUAAUAUUCCAUGGAAUACAAUGAAAUUGUUAAUACCAGAAAGUGAUAUGAAAUGGAUAGAAAGGAAUGAUAUUCAUGAUGGUGCGAGAGAGUUAGUUAUAAAAAAAGGAACUUCUACCCUUGCAAACAUUAAAGGAAAUACAGAGGAUGGUGAUUACAAAGUAGGUGAUCUCUUUCUUGAAACUCCAAAAGGUUCUGGCUAUUAUACUUUACUUGGUCGGGUUGAUGAUAUACUUGUUCAUGUCACUG